GCUAGGGCAGAUUCAAGUGUUGAGUGGAGGAAACUAUAGAAAAUGGAGAAACCAAGUAGAGUUCUACUUAGCCAUGCACCAAAACAUGGACUUAUGCCUUACAGAUGAACAACCUUAUGAGUUGGAUGGAGAAAGCACUGAAGAUGACAAGAAAGCCUAUAAGGACUGGCAUAAAGCCAACAAGAUGGCCAAAAAUGUCAUGACCCUAGGGCAGAUUCAAGUGUUGAGUGGAGGAAACUACAGAAAAUGGAGAAACCAAGUAGAGUUCUACUUAGCCAUGCACCAAAACAUGGACUUAUGCCUUACAGAUGAACAACCUUAUGAGUUGGAUGGAGAAAGCACUGAAGAUGACAAGAAAGCCUAUAAGGACCGGCAUAGAGCCAACAAGAUGGCCAAAAAUGUCAUCAGGUCUACUAUGUUGGAUACAGUGAGAGGCUGCAUUGAAGAACCUGAGUAUGCAGUUGACUUCUUGGAAGCCAUUGCUCAGAAAUUCAGAGAAAGUGACAAAGCUGAAGGUGCCAGACUCUCUAGGAAGUUCAAUGACCUUAAGUUCAGUGGAAAUGGGAGUGUAAGAACCCAUAUCAUGGAGCUGAUAGAUAUCAACAAUAAGCUGAGAGAACUUUACAUGGGAGUGAAUGAUGCACAGGUGGUGCAUGUGGCCUUAGAAUCCCUCCCAAAUGCCUACAGCCAUCUUAGGACAACCUACAAUGCGCAAAAGGAAAAAUGGACACUGAAUGAGCUUAUCUAAAUCUGUGUAGAUGAGCAAGAGAGGAUUAAGAAGGAGAGUACACCCACUACUUCUGUCAACCUGAUGGGGAAAAACAAAGGGAAAUAUCAGAACAAACUCAAACCAAAGAAGACCAUCACUAAAGCACCAACUGAAAAGGCUGCAACUGGAAAGCUACUGAAGAUCAAGUGCUACUUCUGUAAGAAGUAUGGGCACAUGAAGAAGCAGUGUGAGGGUUUCAAGAAAUGGAUGACCAAAAAGGGGUUUAACAAGGAGGAGAGCUCCAAGGAAGCAUGAAGACUCAAUCUGUGUUGGCAAUGGCAUGAAGGUAGCAGUCAAAGCCAUUGGCACCUUAAAGUUGGACUUAGGUUUAGGAAAGUUUCUGGUUGUAGAUAGUGUUUAUUUCAUUCCUUCUUUGAAAAGAAACUUGCUUUCGGUUUCUUUGCUAGUUAGGCUUGGUUGCAGACUUGUUAUCGACUUUAGUGGAAUAAAAGUUUUUCAAGGA